GCCGCCAUGAUUGUUGGUGGCAGUGAAGCCUGUGUGGAGGGUGAGGAGGUGCACGACCGGACCUUCGUGGAGUAUCAGUCCGGGCCUCGGUGAGUUUUGUCCGGGCAGCAGCUAUGGUUCAGACGUGCUCAGCGUACGGCUGUAAGAACCGCUACCAUAAAGACAAAGACAUUUCGUUCCACAAGUUUCCUUUGGCACGCCCAGAUGUUUGUGGUAAAUGGGUGGCGGCGAUGAGGAGGAACAACUUCAAGCCGACAAAGUACAGCAACAUUUGCUCGCAGCACUUCACCAAAGACUGCUUCAAGAGAGAGUGCAACAACAGAGUGCUAAAUGAGAACGCUGUGCCAUUGCUCUUCACCUUCAACCUCAACAUCAAGUCGGAGACCCUGGAGGAUCCCUUCCCCCCAGAGAUCCACUUCCCUCUCUCUCUGCCUCUGACCUCGGACCCGCCGGUGGAGGAGGAAGAGGAUGAGGAGCCCGGGAGAAGCCUGCCCGAGAUCUGGUGUGACACAGUGGCGGUCUCCUGCGACCACAACUACACAGCAGAGGACUCUGCUCGGCAGAAGAAGCGUAUUGAGCUGCUAGAGGAGCAGUUGGGGAGUCUGAGGAAGAAGCUGAAGACAACGCAGCAGAAGUGCCGGCGGCAGGAGAGACAGCUAAAGAUGCUGAAGGCAGAAUGUGAGACACCAAGGACCGGUCGCGAACCGCCAGCAGCGUUCGGAGAGGGAUAUGUGAUUUUACCAAAACACAUCUACCACACACUCAAAGGCAUCAAGUAACUAGGAACAGAAAAAAGGAAAGACGAGUGUGGUCAAAAUGAGCAGCAGAUAAAUCUGCUGUAGAUUCAAUCUCACCCCUGACAGCAGCAGCGGCAGCCAGGUGGACUGUUGAAGAGCUGCUGAACAAGGCAGAAAACCCCGAGCUGAGACCUGAAGGGCUCAUUUGUUAGGGAACGCAAAUGCAAGAUGUGGAAAACUUGGAUUUGGUGGAAACGCCAAACUCAUAUAUUUUUUUCUCUUAGGGCUGCAGUGAAAUUACUUUAAGUAGUCUCACUUUAAAUGAAUAGGUCAACAUUUUGGGGUUGGUUCUGCACUGAAAGCAAUUUAUUUGACACGCAGCUGGUUGCUGUGACUCUCUGGAGUCUUGUUGUAAGAUUGAGGUUGCUAGGCAACCAUUGGAGACGCUCCACAGAAGUACUAGGUGGAUGGAUACACUUUUGGUCUUCAAGAAAUAGUCCCAAUAUGUAACUCCCACUAGAAUCCAAAGCUGUCAUAUCUAUAUUUGUGUUAGUAUAAGGAUUUAAAAAAGAAGAUACAAGCUCAUAAUCAGUGAGCUUCACAGCUGUUACUAUGUGUAUUUUUCAACUUAAGCCAGGCAAGCUGUUUUCCCUUUACUACCAGUUACUGUUGGAAACGUAACUAGUUUGCGAUUCAAGCAAAGAGCGGCAUUGAGUGCCCCCUGAAUACCCAGAGAAAACCAAGCAGAAACAUCUGGCAGUUCUACCUCUACGU